AUGGUCCGGGUCAAGAGCCGCUACGUGCUCUUUGAGAUCCUCUUCCCGCUUGACCGAGCCACCGAUGACUAUGGCGACUAUGAAGAACUGCUUACUCGCUUGCACAAGACGUCGCCGCUGACUUUCACCGCGAAACAGCUUGCCCGUCAGAUUAAACAGCUGGUGCAAGACCACUACGGAGACUACGGUGGCGGCAGUACUGCCAAUCUCCAGGUGAAAUAUUUCAGCAAUAAGACGAGUACGGGUAUUGUUAAGGUUGGGCGAGACCAUUUCGAGAUGGUGGUGGCGGCGCUAGCGUUGAUUGACCGCUUGGAUUCGAUCCCGGUGAUUGUGCGGUGUCUCCACGUGCUGGGCACCGUCCGUAAGUGUCAGGAGUGGGUGAUGGAACGUAACCUGACGGUGGUAUCUUCAGUUAAUCUGUCACUGGCCCUAUUGGAUCGAAAGCUCGCUCAAUUGGCGGGAUAA